AUGCUUUAUGAUACAGCACUUUGCACUCAAGCAACUUUCAUCUCGAGUUUCAGUGCAUCCAUGAGCGACCCAAUUCCCACGCUAAGAGAACUUUUCAUCGACGGCAAGUGGGUGGCACCCGUUAACAAAAAGUACAUCGACUCAGUUAACCCAUUUAAUGAGGAAGUGAUUCAACAGGUUGCCGUGGCCUCGGCCGCUGAUGUUGAUCUGGCCGUGCAGGCUGCGAAGCGUGCGUUUGAGACCUGGAGCUCUACCACCGGUGCCGAGCGUGCAAUAUACCUUCGCAAAAUGGGUGAUCUGGUGGCCGAACGCAUUGAAGCACUAAGCCGCCUUGAGACAUUGGACAAUGGAAAGCCACUCGCUGAGUCUGUGUGGGACAUGGAAGACGUCUCUGGUUGCUUCGCCUACUAUGCCAAGGCCGCCGAGGCCCUAGAUGCUCGUCAAGACCAAAAAGUCGACCUGCCAAUGGAGAAUUUUCUAGGCGCAUUGCGCUACGAGCCCGUCGGUGUGGUUGGCGCAAUCAUUCCUUGGAACUAUCCAGCCUUGAUGGCGUUAUGGAAGCUAGCACCGGCCCUUGCUGCUGGCUGCACGGUGAUUCUAAAGCCUUCCGAAAAUACACCGUUAAGUGCAUUGCAAUUGGCGCAGGUAGCAGCUGAUGUAAAUUUGCCCGCUGGCGUCUUGAAUGUGAUCAAUGGCCUGGGAGCUGAGGCAGGAGGACCACUGGUCUCGCACCCCGAUGUCCAUAAGGUAGCCUUUACAGGAAGUGUGUCCACCGGACGCAACAUCAUGACCGAGGCCGCGAAGGACAUCAAAAGAGUUUCAUUGGAAUUGGGUGGCAAAUCUCCUGCAAUCGUUUUUGACAAAGUCAACAUUGAACGGACAGUUGAGUGGGUCAUGUUUGGCUGCUUUUGGACCAACGGUCAGAUCUGUAGCGCGACAUCACGGUUGCUAGUUCACGAAAAUUUUGCUGAUACGUUUGUAAGCUUGCUUGUGAAAGAAACUCAAAAACUUGUGUUGGGAGAUCCGCUAGAGAGUACAGUGCAGAUGGGUCCGCUUGUAUCGAAAGACCAGCAGGAAAAAGUGUUGGGGUAUAUUCAGACGGCAAGAGAUGAGGGUGCAAAAGUGACUCAAGGAACAAUACCAAGCAGCGGUAAAGGGUGCUUUGUACCUCCUACGAUCAUCACUAAUGUCACUAAGAACAUGCGCGUAUGGAAAGAAGAGAUAUUUGGUCCUGUCUUGUCGGUGAUGACGUUUAAAACAGAGGAGGAGGCCAUUGCUUUAUCCAAUGAUUCGGAAUUUGGUCUAGCGGCUGCGGUGUUCACGUCGGACAGCGCGCAACUUAGGCGCGUCACGAAGGCUUUACACGCUGGAAUCGUUUGGAACAACUGCUCACAACCGUGCUUUACGGAGUUGCCAUGGGGAGGCGUAAAAAAAAGCGGCAUUGGUCGCGAGCUUGGACCUUUUGGACUGGAUGCAUAUCUCGAGCCUAAGCAGAUCUGUACAUAUGUUGCUGAUAAGCCUUUAGGGUGGUAUUUAAAGAAAUAG